AUGGAAGGCAAGAAAAACCUUGAAAAGUUAACUCUCAAGUGGAACGGUGAUGCUAACAAUUCACAAGUUGCAAGGGAUGUCCUUGAUAAACUACGGCCUCAUUCAAGUAUUAAGUAUCUUAAAAUCGAAGGAUACUGUGGGAUAACAUUUCCAAAUUGGCUAGUCAACCCUUCAUUAAGCCGUUUGGAAUCCUUGAGUCUUUCUAGUUGUGAAUAUUGUCAUUCCUUGCCUACACUUGGGCAGUUAAGCAAUCUUGUGAGUCCCGAUGGUCGAUUGAGCAUCUUCAAUGAAGAGAUUCAACCAAAACUCUCGUCUCUUUGUCAAUUGAGGAUUUCAGCGCUAAAAAAUUUGAGAGCGUUGCCCCUGCGACUCAACCAAUUUUCUAGGCUUGAGAAAUUGACAAUUGAUGAUUGCGAGUCACUUUUACCCUUGCACGUGAGUAGACUACCUGCCUCACUUAAAUCACUUGAAUGUUACAAUUACAAUUUGGAAUUAGAGAGUGAAAGCUCGGAGGAGGAUGGGACCUUGGACUACUUGAGAUUAGAAAAUUGUGAUUCUCUCAAAGUCGAGCGGCUUGCAUCGUUUCCCAAGCUAAAAGGUCUUUCUAUUAUCGAUUGCAAGAGUAUUGAGGUGCUCUCAAUUCCUGCUGCAUCUGGGAUCGUGAGUAGUACAACAAAUUCUGCUAGUAGUGUGAUGGCAUCAUUGCAAUUUUUAGACAUCAUCAAUUGCGAUAAUUUGUUGUCUUUUCUAGAGGGAGGAUUGGCAGCCCCCAAUCCAACGGAGAUUUUUAUCCAGGAUUGUGAGAAGCUCAAGGCGCUGUCGCAACGGAUGGAAUCCCUUCUCCCAUCUCUUCGAUAUCUGCAUCUAGAAAAUUGUCCAAAAAUUGAGUGCUUUUGA